CUCAAUUCCGCUAUGCUCUGACCAUCUCUAAAGAAUCGUCAGUCCAAAGAAGUUCUAGACUGAUCUGGACCGUCAUCAUCAUGCCAGCAAAGAAAAGAAGACGCACAGAUGAACCAAGUACACCUUUGAGUUCAUCACCACCGGAACCUACCACUCCCAAUCUCAAUUCGUGGCCAGGAUGGUGCGAAAUUGAGUCAGAACCAGUCGGCUUUACUGCUAUUCGUCGAAUCUCGACUUGAACUUAUGCAUCUACAGGCCUUUUUCACCACCAUUCUCAAGGACAUAGGCGUUCGCAGUCUCAAAGUUCAAGAAGUCUUUGGCGUCGACGAUACCGCUUUUGCUAUAUUGCCCAAACCAGUACACGCAGUCAUCUUUCUUUUCAGAUACCAAGCAGACGGGGAUCCAGAGCAAGUCCAGGAGACAGAAUGUCCGUCUCGCGUCUGGUUCGCCAAUCAGAUUCCACAAUAUGCUUGUGGAACUGUGGCUCUACUCAACAUAGUCAACAACAUUCAGGAUCUGGAGCUUGGUCAACCUUUGCAGUCUUUCAAAGACUUUACCGAAUCGUUCGAUCCGGUUGCUAGAGGUUAUGCUAUCGACAGCUUUGACUUUGUUCGCAAGAUCCACAACUCCUUUGCACGGGACACUGACAUGCUUGCAAUUGAUUUUUCGAUGCACGAGCGUACCGAGAAGAUAGCCAAGAAGCAGAAGACACAAGCCGUGACCGCUGCCAGAGUCACCAAGGCAGCAAAAAAAGCAGCAGAGAAAGCGGCAGAGAGAGCUGCUAACACAGAGCCAAACAAAGGUGCACUAAGAUCUAAUCCUUCUCGCAGAGCUAGAAACAACAAGCCAGUGAUCGAAGACGUGGAUCAGGAGUCUGAGGAAUCAGGCUUUCACUUUGUUGCUUACAUGCCUAUCGACGACGACGUCUGGAAGCUCGACGGCCUAGACUCAUUUCCCACAGCUAUCGGAACCAUAGAACCUGGUCAAGACUGGUUGAACAUCGUUCAAACUUCGUUGAGCGUGCGGAUGGCGCAGUACGAAGAGGGUCAGCUCCAAUUCAGCUUGAUGGCUGUCGUGCGGGACCCUGUCAUUGAGGAUCGUCGCGCUCUUGCGCAGAACAUCCGGUCACUUCAGCACAUCAAGGCACGUCUGGAUGAGGUGUCUGAAACUUGGCGAAGCUUCGUGGCUUCUGAUUUCGAAGACUCUACAUUGUCUGGCGCAAGUGAGGAGUACGGUUUGACGAACGACAUGAUUGCAGAAGCACCGACAAGUCAGACGAUGGCACAGCAGCUCAGAUCGAGUUGCCCUGAUAGCCUCUCGAAGGUAUUGCAGGAGCUCAUGACAAGUCAGGCUGGCUGCCGAGCACAAGUUCGCGACUCACAACAAGCAGAGAUAACAGAUGCAGAAGAAUCCAUGCAUCGGAGACAUGACUACGGCUCCUUCGUCCAGGCGUGGAUGCAGGCGCUAGUAGACAACGAAGCUCUCAAGCCCUUAUUGGACGAGGAGUUGAGAUGAGACAAGAUACGGCAAGUAUCAUAUGCAUUGCACUUUUGGUUCAGAGAUACCCCUUCCUUUUUCCUUUCGUCGUAUUCGCUUUACGAGAGACAGCACAUGUGGCUUCAACGCCUGAGCAUCUCAUGGUUUCUGCUUUUGCUAAACUAAUUGGACAUCAUCACGGCAUUUUACUUCGAGCGUGUAUUAGCGCAAAAGCAAUUUAAUCACACACUCAUACCCAC